AUGAUCAAUUUUAUUCACAUAAUUCUUUUCACAUUAGUCUCCGCCAAAACUAAUGAAGAAGAAUUGAGAGAAGCAGCUUGUGUUAUAUUUUCCAGAUACAUACUACAGGUCUAAUCACUCUAAGCUAGUCCACAAAUUGGAAAAUUGAUAAAGGAAUAGAAUUAUAAUUAGGAUGAUGCCAUUUAUGUAGUCUAAGCAGCAGCACUUGAUAAAUGCUUAAUUAAUGUCAAAUAAAGAGAAGUCACUAGAGUAAUCUUUAUCUCUUAUAUUCUAAGAUACUAGAUGGAUUACAAAAUCAACAAUUAGACUUAGAAAAAUAUAUCCAUCUUCAUGAAAAUAUUAAAUAUGACAGAUUCAUCAAUACUUAAAAAGAAGUAGCUAAACUCAACUAAUUAAUUGAAAUCAUCAAGGAUGUUGAAGAAUUAAUACAGACUUAAUGGGUCAAGAGACCUGAAGUUGAAAAGAGAAGAUAAGAAUAAAUAGAGUCUGAAGAAAUGGAUCAAGAAAUUAUUACUCAAUUGAACGAAGCCCCCAUUACAGAAUAAUUUGAUCUCACCAAGUUUUCAUUGAAACACAUACUUCUUAAAAAUAAGGAAUAUUUGAUUUUCGCAAUCUUCAUUUUAGUGCCAAUUGUUUUAAUACUAAAUAGUAUUAGUUUUUAUUAAUUUCAGGUUGUUGUAAGUCUAGUCCUAAAAAAGAUAAGAAAAAAUCUGAAAAGAAUGAAAAAAAGGAUUCUACUUAAUCCAAAACUGAAAAUGAAGAAAAGAAGAAAUCCUCCUAAGUUAAAAACAGCGAUAAAUCUGAGAAAAAUAAAAAAAAAGAAGAAUGAGUAGC